AUGAGAAUCACUUGUAAAGUAACAAUUAAAGCCGUGGCGAUAUUUUUGGCAAUUUUAUUUUUGAUAAAACAUUCCUUUCAUAAUUGGUCGUUUGAGCAUUUUGCUGGCAAAUUACAUGAGAAUAACGAAGAGCGUAAGAACCAGUCAACCUGUAUUCUACCAAAAUUAAAUCCGUAUGAUGCACAAGUGCUACCUUUUUUAUCGCCUAGCUGGAAUCCACUCAAAAAGUGUAAAGUCUCAACAAAAAUGCAUACUGAAUUAAAAGACGGUGUACUGAAGCAGCUUAUUAAUUCAACUUCAACAUGUUUUUAUCGAUGCUUAUAUAGAAAUGCAGAAGAUAGAUAUGCCGCAGGAGAAUGGUUUCUGAUGCAAAGCAACAAGUCAUAUCGUGAAGAAUGUGACUUCAUUGAAAUUCAUUGCUGUACUUUUGUCCGAACAACUUUUCGUUACAUACAUUCACAGGUUCAUAAACCAAAACUUAAGCAUUUUCAAGCAGAGGAUAUUUCUCAUCCCAGUGUUCUUAUAUUUCUAUUGGAUUCUGUUUCAUCUUCAACUGCAACUAGAUCCGCUUCCAAGACUAUUAAGGUGCUUCGCGAAAAUUUUGAAGCAGUGCAGUUCCAUUACCAUAAUAAAGUUGGUUUAAACAGUCGACCAAAUGCAUUCGCAAUAUUCGCAGGUGUCCGAACAGCAUUUUUAGAUGCGGAUCGGUUUUUAGAGAAAAGUGUUCCUGAACUGAUCGAUUCUUGUCGGAAAGGACUCAAUAGAGAGGAAACUAUAACAUUUGAUUUCAUCAACAAUAAUUACGCCACGCUAAUCACGGAAGAUUGGGUUGGUGCGUUUUCAUGGCCAGACUGUGUUGGAUACGGUUUUGCUCCAACGGAUCAUUAUACAAGUCCUCUGAUUAUACGAUCAACAAGCGGCCGGCAUAAAACUGUUUUCGACAAUUACUUCUAUUACGGUAGAUGUAAAGAAACUUUUCAUCGAGUUGUAAAUUACGCUGGAAAGUUUCUUAAAGUUUAUGAGAACAUUGCAAAAUUCGCUGUAGUUUGGUUGAGCCACCCAGCACACAAUACAAUUAAUGGCGUCUAUCGCAUCGAUGAGUUCCUUGCAAAUUUUUUCCAUGACAAUAUGAAACUACUAGAAGGGAGUUUCGUUUUUUUCAUGAGUGAUCAUGGACUCCGUCUGGGAGCAGUCCGUUCAACUCAAGUCGGUUAUUUGGAAGACAAUAAUCCUCUACUUAUCGUAGCCGUACCAAAGUAUCUGAGAAGAAAUGCUCAACUUAUGCACAAUUUACAACUUAAUAGCCAAACACACACCUCUCAUUACGAUAUCUUUGGAACUUUGUACGAUAUAAUUCAUACAGCUCAGGAGACGCAGUUUCAGGAGUGGAAUAUGAAGGAUUUCAGAAAUGAACUAGGGGAAACGAGAGGUAGCUUUCGGACUAGAAGUCUUUUACGGCCAAUUAUGCUCAACAGAACUUGCGAUGAGAUGGAAAUACCCGAUGAGUUUUGUUUAUGCAAACGAGGAUUUCAAGCGGUCAGCAAACAUAGUGAAGUAGUCAAGAUGGCUGCGCGACAUUUGCUAGAAUUUAUUAACAACAGAAUAAAAAGAUUUGGUUUGCAGACUUCGUGCAGUAUUCUCUCAUUAUCAAAUGUGAGUGUACUUGCUGGUGAUAACAAGAUUUUUGUUGCGGAGAAGUCAGAAGGUGGUGGACGAUUACGUUUAGUGAUAAUAACAACUCCUGGUAAUGCUAAAAUUGAAGCAGAAAUGAGAAAAAAUUAUAGUCAAUAUAAUAUAAUUUCCACAUCUGUAAGCAACUUUAAAUUAGUUAUCGUAAAAUUUGUUUGA